AUUUCGAGAAUGGUAUGGUUUCUCGUGACCGGUCCAUUCUCCAAGAGCCCAACCGCCCACCAAAGCGAUUCCAGGAGCACUCGAAGCUUCUGGGAUUAAAUAUGACAGUGCUGGAGUCCGUGAUCGGCACGGGAGCAGCACGUGUGACCGACGUGUCGGUGGAUGCAGAGUCGACGUACAGGACAGUUCAUGUAGGCGAGUCUCCUGUCGCUGCGUCGACCGGAUGGGCUCCCAAGAUGCUCGCAGAGGCAGCGGCAGGUCUGGGUUCGUCGACCAUGUCCAUCUUAUCGGCCGUUAGUGACGGCGCUGUAGGAGACAACAGUGGAGCUCUUGGGCUGCCGGAAACCAGCGCUCGCUGCAUCUACGUGAACAACCCCGCCCAGAACGCAGCACAGAAGUUCUGUAACAACAAGGUGGUUACGGCCAAGUACACGAAGUUCAACUUCAUUCCUCGGUUUUUCUACGGUCGACUCUCGCAAGUGGCAAACUUUUACUUUUUGCUAGUUGGUGCCGGCCAGAUUAUUCCCGAGAUUUCGUCCACGCAGACGAUUCCGUACCAGUGGAUUGUGCUCAUGCUUGUGCUGUCGAUUGACGCUGUUUUCGCCGCUAUUGAAGAUCGCGGACGGCACAUUGCAGAUGCCAAGAUGAACGCUCGCGUCUCGCACAUUUUCGAUCUCGAUGAACCGGGCUGUUUCCGCGACGAUACGUGGCGAAAUGUUGCAGUGGGGGACAUUAUCAAAGUGGAAAACUACGAAGCCAUUCCAGCAGAUUUGCUGUUAUUAGCCGUAUCCGAGCCGGACCCGAAUGCGCCGACCGGAAUUUGCUUUGUGGAGACGAAGUCGCUUGACGGCGAGACGAAUCUCAAGGUGCGUCAAGCGCUAAGCUGUACGUUUUCGCAGCUCAGCGACCCCCGUGCACUCGCUCAGCUUCCUGGUCGUGUCAUCUGCGAGCAACCAAACCACGACGUCAACAACUUCUCGGGACGUUUUGAACCGCAAAGCGGCCACGCGAUUCCGAUCGACUUGAAGAAUGUGGCGUUGCGUGGGUGUGUCAUCCGCAACACGCCGUUCAUCUACGGCCUCGUGUUGAAUACGGGAGCCGACACUAAGAUCAUGCAGGCUGGGUCACAUACUCCUCCAACAAAGAUCAGCAAGAUCCUCGCCAUCGUGAACCGCGGCAACGCGUUGCUUAUGGCAAUUCUCGCUUCCUUGUGCAUCUUGGGUGCAGUGUUGUGUGCGUUUUGGGUCGCAGAAAACCGAGAAGGUGCCACGUACUUGCAUCUCGAGAACCUCAGCGGCGUCGCCCCUUUCCGUAAUGAUGUCGUAGGUAUCUUGAUCUAUCUGGGCUACUUCUGGAUCCUCAUCGCGUCCUUCGUCCCCAUUACGUUGUACGUGACCAUCGCCAUCGUCAAAACAUAUCAAACUUUCUUCCUCAAUCGCGACCUUGGCAUGUACGAUGAAGUGACCGACACCCCAGCACUUGUACGUAACUCCGAUCUCAAUGACGAAUUGGGGCAGGUCACUCACAUCUUCAGCGACAAGACGGGAACGCUAACAGCCAACGAGAUGGAUUUCCGGAAGAUGAGCAUCCACGGCGUGUCUUAUGGUCGUGGCACCACUGAAAUUGGUCGCGAGGCCACUCGACGACUUGGCAAGGAUCUCUCUGCUAGCGAUGUACUCGCAGACAACACGCCGAUACUAGUCAAGACAGAUAACGUCAAUUUCCUGGACCCAGCUGGAGAUUUGGAGCGUGAUAGUGACGCGCGUUUGCAUCCGGAACAAGCUGCUCGCAUCCACGACUUUUUCGUGCAUUUGGCUGUCUGCCACUCCGUUGUACGAGAAACAUUGUCCGAGAAUGAUACAGGUACAGGCUUCUCCGCUUCGUCUCCGGACGAACUUGCGCUUGUAUCGGGUGCCAACUACUUUGGCUACUCGUUCCUGGCCCGUCGAAACGGAGAAGUGGCGAUUUCCGUCCCUGGCAAACGUGAGGAGGUCGUCUAUGAAGUCUUGGAGAUGGUCGACUUCACCAGCACUCGCAAACGUAUGUCGGUCGUUGUGCGCACUCCUGACAAGCGAAUUAUGCUGCUGACUAAAGGUGCUGACUCGGUUAUCUUCCCUCGGCUGGCACCGUCGUCAGACUCGACGAUGGUGGACAUUACACUCGCGCACUUGGAACGGUAUGCCACCGAAGGCCUGCGAACUCUUGUAAUCGCACAGAAGGAGCUCCACCCAGACGCGUAUGCCGAGUGGUCCUGCGAGUACGAUGCAGCCUUGGGUGAUCUGGAGCAAAUGGCGAUGCAGAAACGUGGUGAACCGAACCGCAUCGAAGAGCUUGAGGAGCAACUUGAACAAGGUUUGCAGCUCAUGGGCGCUACAGCCAUCGAGGAUCGACUGCAGGACCAGGUGACGUCGACACUGGGAGAUUUAUCUCGAGCUGGUAUCAAGAUCUGGGUACUCACGGGCGAUAAGGAGGAGACGGCGGUGAACAUCGGCUUUGCCUGUCAGCUGCUGAACAACGACAUGGAACGGAUCAUGAUCAACGCGGAGACGACGCCCUCUGCUUCAGACCUGUACGACAUGCUGCUGGCUCGCUGUGUUGAGGCUCGCAAGCGUGCAGAGCUGCAGGCAAGCGGAGUCAAAGACGACACACAGCAACAAGCCAUCGUGAUCGACGGUCGCUGUCUGACCAUGGUGUUCAGCAACGACGUGCUGUCCGAGCUGUUUCUUGAGGUGUCCCAGCAGUGCGUGUCCGUCAUUUGUUGUCGUGUUUCGCCCAAGCAAAAAGCUCAAGUGGUUCGGCUCUUCAAGACGAACUUGCAUGGCUGUCGCUCACUCGCUAUCGGCGACGGCGCCAACGACGUCGCUAUGAUCCAAGAAGCGCAUAUCGGGGUUGGAAUCUCCGGUCACGAGGGCAUGCAGGCGGUGAACGCGAGUGACUUCGCUAUCGCGCAGUUCCGGUUCCUUAAGCGUCUUCUUCUAGUCCACGGACACUGGAACUAUCGUCGCAUGGCCAAGCUUGCACUCUAUGUAGUCUACAAGAACAUCUUGCUGUUCGGAACCGAGUUCGUGCUAGCUGCAUUGCCUCAGUGUGGGUCUUCUGGUACGCUGUACUACAACAACAUGUGGAUCAACGGCUACAACGUCUUCUGGUCCUCGAUGCCGAUCGGUAUCGUGGCGAUCACCGAGCAAGAAGUCCCAGCACGUAUAGCAGAGCAAUUUCCAGGUCUUUACCACGUCGGAGCGCAGGGUGAACUCUUCAGUCUUCGUAUCUUCGCACAGUGGGUAGCUGAAGCGCUCUAUGAGUGUGUAGUCUGCGGUCUGGUGCCCGCACUUAUCAUCGGUGGUCCCGUGGAUUCGACCGGCAAUGGCUUCUCUCGUGACUUGUGUGGCGCCAUUUCUUACUGCUGUCUGAUCAGCGUCGGCUGGGUCAAACUGGCGUUAAAUAUGGUCACAUGGAACGCGAUCACGGCGUUCGCGUUCAUUGCGUCGAUCAUCUUCUGGUACAUUUCGGGCUACGUCAUCGCCGCGUCCUUCCCCACAUCCGUCGCCGACACUGCGUUCCCGCAUAUUUUCGCUCUGCCCGAGUUCUACCUGGCAAUCUUCUUGUCUCUGCUACUGUGUCUCGGUCGCGAUUUCCUCUGGAAGGCUUACAAGCGCGAGAUGAACCCCGAAUACUACCACAUUCUCCAGGAAUUCCACAAACGCGGAAGCCAGAAUCCGGAGAAGGCUCGAUGGACGCCACCUGAGCUGCGGUACGAGCGCUUCCAGGCUGAUCUGACCGAGGAGAAGCCACGUUUCGACCUGCCUGAACAACAGGCUUUGCCCAACCAACGGCCAUCUCAAGCGGAUCAGAAGGUGUACACGGGCUUUGCCUUCUCGACUCAAGUUCUGGAAGAUCGAUUCCUGAAUCCCUUACGCGAGAUGGUUCUACCCGUUAGUCAGGUCGCAAAUGCUAUCGGUAGAGUACUGUCGCCCGGUGGGAGCCCCAUUACCCGCCAUAAUCCCGACAGUCCGACGCGUCGUGAAGCUACUGAUGAGCCAAAGUCAUUCGAAGAGAAGAUCUUGGCGCUACCCAUCGAGGAGCAGGCUGUGUACGAGAUCCAGCGCUACCAAGUGUUCACUGGCUGGGGAUCACUGCGACCAGGCCACCUUCUCAUUACUGAUCCGCCCAAGUUCACCAAUGCUCUCAUGACGGACGGUGCUGGAACGUUCGAUCUCGAACACUGGGUAGUCGAUCCAGGCUUCGGCGGCACUGAUCAGUGGCAAUACGCCACCAGGUUCAAAGACUUCUUGCGCGCUCAGGAGAAGCUACAACAGGAAACAGUUGAGGGCGUACCACCAGAGCUCCAGGCCCAUGCGAGUGGACUUGAUCCAGAUCUACAGGAGCGACGACGCAUCAAGAAGAAGCUCAACCGACUCGUUGGACGCAGCGUACGUCGCCGUCGCUGGGUUCGGAAGGAGAAACUGCUUGCCGAGGCUAUAGAGCGCGCCAACAUCGCCUUGGCAGCACCGGAUCCUGAGUUUUCACUUCCUCGCACACCGCCCAACACUCCACCUCCACAAUAGGCUGCAACAACUUGCAUGUUAGUUCAGCACAAAAAUCUAUGGCCACUUACUCGCA